CCUGCGCGCGGGCCGGCCGGGGGCGACGCGAGGGCUUGGCUGGACUCAAAACGUCCGUGGCCGUAUGCUGGCAGCCAGGACGCAGCUUACAGGACAACUCCUCGUACCCCAGAUCCUCGUACGCUAACGGCGACGUGUGCUGCCUGAAAGUUCAAAUCAAAGUCUAUCGAUGCAACUUUGCACGCAGAUGAAUUGCUUAACCUUUGCGUGCGGGCUCAGCCCCGGGGGGUUACGAGUUACUCGUUAACCCUGAGUUAUUCAUUAGAAAGCAGGCGAAGGGGGCAAGUCCGCUCUGCAGGACUGUCCUCACCGCUCGCGUUCUCCACCUCCCUGGUGAAGCUAACCCGGGCGAUGGGAAUCGCGGGGCAGGUUUGGCGGGGAGGUGGCUGGCAGGCUGCUGCGUUUGCGGGGUGGGGUCCAGCCUCGAGGACAGAAACGUCCCGUAACGAGGUGCUGUUCUGUAACGGGAGCCAGAGCUAUCCCGGGGUGGGGGUGGGGGAGGGACACGCUCCUCGCGGGGAAGAGCAGCGCCCGAGACGACCUGUUGCCCGCGCCCAGUCCGGAGGUAGCGCGCGUGCUUUCCGCCAGCCCCGCGUUUUGGAAGAUGGAACAGUUUCAACCUGUUACUCGGAUGGUUUGGUCCGUUUGGAGAGCACGCGGUUAAUGCCAGCUGGAUUGCAGUUCAGGAGCUUGAGAAGCUGGGUUUGGGAGACGGUGUGGAUCUGCACGUGUACGAAAUCCCAGUUGAAUACCAAACUGUACAAAGACUAAUUCCUGCAUUAUGGAAGAAGCACAGUCCACAAGUGAUUGGUAGUUCACGUGGGUGUUUCGGGCAUGGCUACUACCGUAACGCUGGAAAAAUGUGGACAUAAUGUAGGCUACAAAGGCUUGGACAACUGCCGGUUCUGCCCCGGCUCCCAGUGCUGCGUAGAAGGGGGUCCAGAGUGCAUCGAUUCCAUCAUUGACAUGGAUGCGGUGUGCAAGAGAGUCUCGACGCUCGGGCUUGACGUUACCGUUACUAUAUCCAAGGAUGCCGGCAGAUACCUCUGUGAUUUUACUUACUACACGUCCUUAUACCAGAGCCGGGGCAGGUCUGCAUUUGUUCACGUGCCUCCGCUGGGAAAACCCUAUACUGCGGAACAGCUGGGCCGGGCCCUGCAGGCGAUCGUAGAGGAAAUGCUCGAUGUUUUGGAGCAGUCCGAGGGCAAAAUUAAUUGUCAGCAUGAACACUGAAACUGGGCAGACGUCACCCCACUAUUGCACUUCCAAAAUCAUUCCCUACUGCUAAAAUCCAGGGGGAUCUGGUCUGUCUGAAACGUGCACAGUGAGACCCCAGACUUGAGAAUCCAGGUGAACUUCACGUGCAGGAAUUGCCGCUCUUUUCUUCAGAUGUGUGCAUUUCAGUUAGGCAAAGGAGGAUUCAAAGUCUCUUCCCUUAAACUGCCUGCAGCUACUAUGUCCUGACCUGGCUGAAAAGCGUGUGCUGUAUUUUCUACAGAGCUCACCUGCCAGCCGAACGACAGCUCCUGAACAAUCUCCCGCAGGCCAGAUGGAAAGGUUUAUACCUGGAAUUGGAGUUCAGGUGCAGGGGAUGGAUACUGCCUGCUAAUUACUAGUCCUUAAUUUAAAAAAGAAAAAGGAAAAAAACCCCUAGGUUUUUAAUAUAAAAGGAUAGCUGAGAACAGUUGGCAUAGAA